UCAUCCCGGCCGCUCUGACAAGCGACCCGGGGCCGGGAGCCCGGCUGCGCGGCGCGGGGUGGGCGCGGACGCGGGCGCUGGGCUCGUGCGGGGCCCCGGACGUCGCGAUGAACAUCGUGGUGGAGUUCUUCGUGGUCACUUUCAAAGUGCUCUGGGCGUUCGUCCUGGCCGCGGCGCGCUGGCUGGUGCGGCCCAAAGAGAAGAGCGUGGCGGGCCAGGUGUGCCUCAUUACGGGCGCCGGCAGCGGCCUGGGCCGCCUCUUCGCGCUCGAGUUCGCCCGGCGCCGGGCGCUGCUGGUGCUCUGGGACAUCAACACUCAGAGCAACGAGGAGACGGCGGGCAUGGUGCGCCACAUCUACCGCGACCUGGAGGCAGCGGACGCCGCGGCGCUGCGAGCUGGAAAUGGUGAGGAAGAAAUUCUGCCCCACUGUAACUUGCAGGUUUUUACCUACACCUGUGAUGUGGGGAAAAGGGAGAAUGUCUACCUGACAGCGGAAAAGGUCCGCAAGGAGGUUGGCGAGGUCUCGGUCCUGGUCAAUAAUGCCGGCGUGGUGUCUGGGCAUCACCUUCUGGAAUGUCCUGAUGAGCUCAUUGAGAGAACCAUGAUGGUCAAUUGCCACGCACACUUCUGGACCACAAAAGCGUUCCUCCCUACCAUGCUGGAGAUUAACCACGGUCACAUCGUGACGGUUGCAAGUUCCCUGGGAUUGUUCAGUACGGCUGGAGUUGAGGAUUACUGUGCCAGUAAAUUUGGAGUUGUGGGUUUUCAUGAAUCUCUGAGCCACGAGUUAAAGGCUGCUGAAAAAGAUGGAAUUAAAACAACGCUGGUGUGCCCUUACCUUGUAGACACUGGCAUGUUCAGAGGCUGCCGAAUUAGGAAAGAAAUUGAGCCCUUUCUGCCCCCUCUGAAGCCCGAUUACUGUGUGAAGCAGGCCAUGAAGGCCAUCCUCACCGACCAGCCCAUGAUCUGCACCCCCCGCCUCAUGUACAUCGUGACUUUCAUGAAGAGCAUCCUCCCUUUUGAAGCAGUUGUGUGCAUGUAUCGGUUCCUAGGAGCGGACAAGUGUAUGUACCCCUUUAUCGCUCAGAGAAAACAAGCCACAAACAAUAACGAAGCAAAAAAUGGAAUCUAAGGAUUUUUUUUGUAUAUGGAAUAUUAUUUCUACCAGAAGGUGAUCAAGAUAUCUCGGUUCGAUCCACAUCAGCAUGACUGAUAAUCUCUGGAUUCUAAAUCCACAUUGACUGUUUUUUUUAAUCAACUUUUUUAAAAAAAAAUAAUAAAAGUGUAAAUUAACUGACUAGAGUAUUUGGAAAAUGUGAUCAGCAAAAGUGAGCUUAAUUGCCAACAGGGUCCUUUUCAGGCAGAACCCUGAAACCAGUCCAAUCUUUUAGACCAGCGCUGUGUGACAUCUCCGGGCUAGCAUUAUUAUUAUUUUUAUUUUUUGAAUGAGCAGGAAGUCUCGAGACGAUAACCACAGUGUGUUUCACGUGUGUGGUUUUUCUUAAUUCCCAUAGAGUUUAUUAAUUCUUGUAAUUAAUCUCUAGCCAGUUGACACCCUUGCAACUUCAAGGACUGACAUGCUAUAUUUUCUCAUGUUUUCUAAGUUUCAGUUUUGCAAAACCUGUGUGGCCCUUUCAUGGUGUUUGUAUGUACAACUCUUUUAAAAAGGCAUUUUGAAAUCUCCAUCAGUUUGAAGUAAACAAUGUCUGGUUAUUACAGUAAAAGUGACCAGGUCUCUCUGUUAAAGUCAUAACGACUCAAGUUGGUCAAAUUUUAAAAUUUAUCUCUGAAAUCUUUCCUUAAGUAUCUGUUCCUCUGGAGACCUAUUUAAUCCAAAAAAGAUCGUACGUUUUCUACCUAUGAAUUGUGCUGCAGUACAGAAAGUGCCCUUUCCUCAGGAAGUUGCUGUGUUUCAUUUCUUUGGAUGGACUUUGAUCUGGAAUACAUAGCAGCUCUGCAAAGAAACAGUUUCUAAAAAUGGGAACUUCUGCAUUUAAAAAUGUCCCCAUUUUUGUGCCAACUAUGAUUAGUGAGGGGGAGAAAAUCUUAUACUAUGGAGUACGUAUGGAAGGGUGUAAAGAUUCUUUUGAAAGUUUUAUUUACAUUGUAGAACAGCAAAUGACAUUUUUACAGUAUUUUUUUGUAAAGCAAACUAUUUUGUGCCUUGAAUUUGGUAAAUGUGUAUUAGUGAAGCGUUGUAAAAGUGAACUUCUACCUCUGUAUCUAAAUGUAUACCAUCCACUUGUAAAUUACUAUAAACUAUUAUGUGAUUGCUUUUUUUUUUUUUAGAAUGUCUUGUUUAAAUAGCGACCAAUGUUUAAGGCUAAUAAAAUAAGCCAUCUUUUACUAAUUAAUUGGGAAAUUUUAUAAAGGACUGAUUAAAUUUAAAGACUGAACUUACCAACAAA